AGCUGCUCCAGAAACAUGCGCGUGGAAGUCAUUUGCGAUUGGCGGAAUGACGCACGCACGUCGAUGCCUGGAGAAAAAGGGUUGUGAAAAGGAAGACGGUGAAGGCGAUGGGAAGGCGACGGUAGAAGGUCAAAAAAAAAAAAAAAAAAGAGAAAGUCGGGGAUCGGGGUGUGUAAAAUGCUGAUUUUGUGGGUUCCGCUCAGUUUGCUCCUCGGCUUUAUCGUGUCUCGCACUUGGAGCUCCAACUGGGCUUCGGACUUCCGCGAGUCGCCGGCGCCGCCGCCGCCGCACAUCGUCUUCAUCCUGGUGGACGACCAGGGCUUCCGGGACGUGGGCUACCACGGCUCCGAGAUCAAGACUCCCACCCUGGACCGACUGGCCACGCAGGGAGUGAAGCUGGAGAACUAUUACGUGCAGCCGCUUUGCAGCCCGUCCAGGAGCCAGCUCAUGACCGGCAGGUACCAGAUCCACACGGGCCUCCAGCACUCCAUCAUCCGAGCCACCCAGCCCAACUGCCUCCCCCUGGACAACGUCACCCUGCCGCAGAAGCUGAAACAGGCCGGCUACUCCACGCACAUGGUGGGCAAGUGGCACCUGGGCUUCUACAAACGCGGCUGCCUGCCCACCCGCCGCGGCUUCGACAGCUUCUUCGGCUCGCUCCUGGGAAGCGGCGACUACUACAGCCACUACAAGUGCGAGGGUCCCGGGAUGUGCGGCUACGACUUGUACGAGGGCGAAGAGGCCGCGUGGGAGCAGGACCGAGGCUUGUACUCCACGCUGAUGUAUACGCAAAAGGCCAUCGGGAUCUUAGCCAAUCACGACCCUCGCAAACCCUUAUUCCUCUACUUAGCCUAUCAGGCGGUGCAUUCGCCGCUUCAGGUUCCGGCUCGCUACCUGGAGCGCUACAAGGGGAUCGUGAACCCUCACCGUCGCAAAUUCGCAGCCAUGGUCUCCUGCCUGGACGAAGCGGUACGCAACCUGACCCUGGCGUUGAAACGCUACCAUUACUACGACAACACGGUCAUCGUGUACUCCUCGGACAACGGGGGGCAGCCGCUGGUCGGCGGGAGCAACUGGCCACUCCGGGGGAGCAAGGCCACGCUGUGGGAAGGGGGCAUCCGGGCGGUGGGCUUCGUCCACAGCCCCUUGUUGGUCAAGAAGGGCACCAAGUGUCGCUCGUUGGUGCACAUCACCGACUGGUUCCCGACGCUGGUCACCUUGGGCGAAGGGACUCUGGACGAGGAUCUCAACCUGGACGGCUACGACGUCUGGGAAACCAUCAGCGAAGGGCUCCCCUCGCCCCGCCAGGACAUCCUCCACAACAUCGACCCCAUUUACGUGAAGGCCAAAAACGGCUCGUGGAAGGCCGGGUACGGCCUGUGGAACACGGCCGUGCAAGCGGCGCUGCGGGUGGGCCACUGGAAGCUGCUGACAGGGGUACCCGGUUAUAGCGACUGGGUACCUCCCCAGACCUUCUCUACACAGCGGCUGACCCUGCGCUGGCACAACGAACGCGUGCGCUGGGACCGCGGCAAGUCCCUGUGGCUCUUCAACAUCACCUCGGACCCUUACGAGCGGGUGGAUUUGUCGCAGCGCUACCCGCACGUGGUCAAGAAGAUGCUCGCGCGGCUGGCGCGGUACAACAAGACGGCGGUGCGAGUGCGCUACCCGGCCAAAGACCUGCGCUCCAACCCGCAGUACAACGGGGGUGUGUGGGGGCCCUGGUACAAGGAGGAGAUCGGGCAGAGAUACGAACAUCUGUUGACCAACCAUCUGAGCAGCAGACGGGGCUGAAACAGAAAGGGCCGAGAGUAGCGGGGCGGUCGUCUUUGCGCGAGACGGAACGUUUCUCAGGGAUCGCUCGGGACUUCCAGUGGCGGGAUUUCCACCGGGGCGGGGGGAACAUGAGCGACUCGUGGGCGCCUUCGGAGCAUUUCAAUUUAGAACGUUGAGAUUCAGAAAAAUGUUUUCAUGUUAUCGAACUACUAGGGAACGAGAAAAAGAACGGCGUAACGCUAUGACAGGAAAGUCAGACUAUUGCAAACUCGUCGGAAUAUCAUGAAAAUAACUUUCAAGUGUUUCAAAAAAGCUUCUUGAAUAAAGUCAUUCGUAGGUUAUGAGGAAAACUGUUUUGAGAAUAAAGUCGUGGUCACAGUUACAAGAAGAAGAAAAAAAAGAUCAAGAUAACACACUGUCAAAAAUCCAUAAAGUCCAUAGGUUACCCCAAAAAAAUAAAUAAAUCAAUGGUUAAAGGAUAAAGUCGGAAACGUACAGAAAAGAACACGUAAUGUUAGAGAAAUAAAGUCAGAAUAUUACAAAAAAGGUGUCAUGAUGGAAGAAAAAAAAGCCACUGUUACAAAAAAAUAAAAAUAAAGGAUAAUGUAAGAUUACUGGGGGGGAAAAAGGUUGUAAUGUUGCAAGAAAACGUGAAGUUACAAAAACCCAAAGUCGUAGUGCUACUUGGAUAAAGUCGAAAUGUACUGAGGAAAAAGAUGUCACAAAGCAUGACAAAAAUGAUGAAAAAUGUCAUGACAUUGCAAGAAUAAAGUAGGGGAAAUUGUUUUCACGAUGA